AAACUAUUUUGAACUCAAUUCAAUUCAGUUUGAUCAAUUCUAUAAUUUGAGAACUUUAAGUUAGAAAAAACGAGAGAAUAGAAUUUAUCUCCAUUUAGAGUUCCCAACCUCGUUCAUUCCUUCAAAUUUUCAAUCUUUGAUUCACAUCAACAGCAUGAUACUCAAGUCGCUGCCAAAGCUCUCACUUGUCUUCUCUUCAAUCAACAAUUCUCGUUAUCUUGCAAAUGCUACUCAACGUUUUAUAUCUUCACGGAGAACCACAACAAUUAUUACAACACCCACUUCAAGAGUAGUUAAGAUUCGAGUGAAAACCCCAGUUCCUAUUCGAUCCAUGUCAACCUCACCAAUUUUACCACAGACUGCAUCAGAAAUAACUGCAGAAGAUCAAGUUCAACAGGUUAAACUACUAACAUCAACUGAUGAUCAUUACGGUGGUGUUAUUGUGGAACUGGAUCAACCUAUGGAUUCUACAACGUUUGUCUCAAUUCUUAGAGCUUCAAUUAUACACUGGAAACAGCUGGGCAAGAAGGGAGUUUGGAUAAAAUUACCUAUCCAUCUUGUCAGUCUUGCUGAAGCUUUAGUUAAGGAAGGUUUUUGGUAUCACCAUGCAGAACCAAAAUAUUUAAUGCUUGUGUAUUGGAUUCCUGAAAGUCCAAAUACUAUUCCUCCAAAUGCCACACACAGGGUGGGCAUUGGUUCAUUUGUCAUGAAUGAAAAACAUGAGGUACUAGUUGUUCGAGAAAAUAGUGGACUUUUUCAAGGAACCGGAGUCUGGAAAUUCCCUACUGGAGUUGUUGAUCAGGGAGAAGAUAUUUAUGUAGCAGCAGUAAGAGAGGUCAAAGAAGAGACAGGAGUUGAUUCAGAAUUUCUGGAAGUAUUAGCAUUCAGACAAAGUCAUAAUUCAUUCUUUGAGAAGUCAGAUUUAUUCUUUUUGUGUAUGUUGCGGCCCCUUUCUUCUGACAUCCAAAUGCAGAACUCAGAGAUAGAGGAUGCACAGUGGAUGCCAUUUGUGGAAUACGCAGCUCAACCAUUCAUCCAGAAGAGUGAUAUUUUGAAGUACAUGAACGAUAUUUGUUUGGCUAAAAUUGACGGGCGAUAUUCUGGAUAUGCUCCUAUAUCUACGUCGUCAAACUUCUCCGAGCAGCAGUAUUAUUUGUACGUGAAUGCUGGAGAUUUGAAAAGGUCCAAUUCUUGAAAAGCAUCAUCUAAAGGUUAAACAACUAGAUAGGAUAUUCAAUCUUGGGUACAUUGUAAUGUUUGAUUCAUAGAGUGAACAAUGCUGGUUUUCAUCAGUUAAAUUACAUUGAUUUACCAGGCUUUAUCAUUUGAAAAGCUACAAAACACUUAUACUUCUAAAAUAGGGAAGUACCCAUAACAGGUACCUACGCAGCUGUUGGGUACACUGAUUUUCUUUGUUAUUUUAUUUUCAGUGAAAA